GCGGGGCGGCCAUCGGUCGGUUUCUGCGAUGGAGGCUCCGGACGGAGACGGGCCAGACGGAGACCGAGCCGCGCCCCGCUCGCCCCGCGGCUGCCCGGCCGUCCCCGCGCCCACCCGCCUGCGCGCCUUCCUCUGGUGCCGCGAGUUCCUGGCCGGGGCCUGGCGCCGCCUGGCCGCCCCCGAGCAGCUGGGCAUCGUCCCCGUCAGCGGAGGGCUGAGCAACCUGCUGUACAAAUGCUCCCUGCCGGACCACAUCCCGACCGCCCAGGAGGAGCCACGCCAGGUCCUGCUUCGCGUCUACGGCGUCAUCCUCCAGGGGGUCGACUCGCUGGUUCUUGAGAGCGUCAUGUUCGCCAUCCUGGCCGAGCGGGCCCUGGGACCACGGCUGUAUGGCAUCUUCCCGCAGGGGCGCCUGGAGGAAUACAUCCCGAGCCGCCGCCUGGUCACGGAGGACCUGCCGGAGGCCAGCAUCUCGGGGGAGAUCGCGGUGAAGAUGGCCCGCUUCCAUGGCAUGGUGAUGCCUUUCAACAAAGAGCCCAAGUGGAUGUUUGGCACCAUGGAGAGGUACCUGAAGCAGAUCUCCGAACUCACCUUUUCCCAGGAGGCCCAGCGGCACAAGCUUAACCGGCUCAAGGCCUACAACCUGGAGGCCGAAAUGCACAGCCUCAGGAUGCUGCUGGAGGCCACGCCGUCCCCCGUGGUUUUCUGCCACAAUGACGUGCAGGAAGGGAACAUCCUUCUCCUGGCUGGCCGCCAGGCUUCCUCCACGGACCGGCUGAUGCUCAUCGACUUUGAGUACAGCAGCUACAACUACCGGGGCUUCGACAUCGCCAAUCACUUCUGCGAGUGGGUCUACAGCUACGCCCACGACGAGUGGCCUUUCUACAAAGCCAGCCCGGAGAACUACCCCAGCCCCGAGCAGCAGCUGCACUUCAUCCGGAGUUACCUGGAGGAGGCAGGUGGGAAGGCCGACCCCCCCUCGCCGGAGGAGCAAGAGCGCCUGGAGGCCAAGAUGCUUCUGGAGAUCAGCCGGUUCACCUUGGCCUCCCAUUUCUUCUGGGGCCUCUGGUCUAUCCUGCAGGCCAAGAUCUCCACCAUUGAGUUUGGCUACCUGGAAUACGCCCAGUGCCGCUUGGAGGCCUACUUCCAGCAGAAGGCCAGGGGCGACUGACCGCUGGCUGGCCAGGGCUGACCUAUUGGGCAGCUGGAGCUGAAGGACCAAGACUGGAGGGGUGGCUGCAAGACGCGCUCUCUGCACCUGUGCUUUGGUGCCCUGAUGCCUGGACUUGUUCAAUCAACCUGGUUUUUGGGGGCUCCUGUGACGCCCUGCAGGGCAAGCAGCCAACCUCCUUCUGGAUGGGGAUUGGGGGUGGGGGGUGGGGCAACUUCUCAGUUGCAAUCCAGGUGGAUGGACAGGAAGGGUAUCGUGUCCAGGGCCUCUCACGCGUGGGGUGCCUCCUGCUCAACCUCUGCAUGACACCGCUGGGAAGCACCGGCUGCAAGGGAACAACCAGGCCCACUGGUGAACUUUGCACGCCUGGGUCUGGUUGCUCACACCUGACAGUACGAGGCCCGCUUCCCCUGCUCCCCGCUCAGCUGCGUUCCCAUCCUUGGUCUUGGAGCGGGCCACAUUUCCCCGUUCCAGAUGGGUGCAGCUUGGGGGGGGGGGGGCAAGCUUGGUGCAGCUUGCCCCCCCCCAGGAUGACCCUUGUGGCAGGGUCAUCCUGCCACAAGACGAACCAUUGCGCUCUUCAUCCUGUGCGCCAGUUGCACCCUCUGCCUUCCCUUCAGACAGUCACUCAUGUCCUGCUCACCUCACAGUUAAUUACUGCAAUGCACUGUAGGUGGGGCUGCCCUCGAAGACCCCUUUCUUUAGCCCCUGGUAAAGAAAGCCGUGGUGCAGAGUGUCAUGGGCGCCUCUCAUGUGCCCUUCCGUCACCAUUGCGAUGUGAGCUGUGCCAGCUGCCAGCUGGCGUUCAUUGCCUCCAAAACUCUGCAGGUCAGAGAGCUGGAGGGCUGCUUGUCUCCGGUCAUUUCUGGAAGGGAUAUCCGCCAAGUCCCCCACCCCCCAUUAAGCACUGCCACCUUGUGGGACCCGGGAAGCCUUGCUUCUCUCUUGGGGCCCCCAACUCUGCCCCAGGCUCCUCCAAAGAUAAAGACGGGGGGCCCCUCGGGUCCAGAAAGCAUUGAAACCUUGGUUUUGGUUCCAGGCCAGGGGGCCGUUUAUUAUACUCGGUGGGCCCCGUUUUGUCCUCUUAAUUCUGUCGCUGAUUUUACUCUGGGCUAAUAAAUCAAUGAAAUGUUCAGCAUGGAGGACUCCGAAGACCACCCCCCACCCCCAUGAGCUUUUCUGCUAUCCGUUCUCAGGGCAGCUCAUCCCUGAAGCACUAGAAUAGAGCUGUGGACGGAUGCUUUGCACUCUCGGUCAGAAUAUUGUACAAAAUAAAAAAUGUUCAUUUGUAGAAAGCA